CUGUUGAUACAUAAGAAGAAGAUUGAUUAUCUUCAGCCUAACAUUGAGGCAGCUUGGAGGGCUUAUUGGGCUUUGCCUGAUACUCAGGCAAGGUCUGCUCAGGCGUCCAGGAAUCGCCGCUCAGAGCCAGGCGGUCCGGGUACAGGGAUGGCUAUCCAUCAUGGAGGGUCGCGCAGUGCUUUAGAUCAUGCUGAGCAUCUGGCUCGGGAGAGCAAUAUUUCUUUUGACGAGGCUACUUGGGCGACUUUUCGACGGAUGCAUUAUAAGAAUGGACAGUAUACCGCUGGACGACCUGCGCAGCACGGGUUGGAGGUCGAGAGGCGAUUGGCAGAGCUUCGCCAAACACAGGAAGAGGUCACGCCCGUAGAUGUAGAGCGCAUCUUCCGAGAGGUCGUCGCUCCUGAUUCGAGGGGGCGCAUCAUGGGAUUAGGCAUGAUGAUGUCUAGGGCGAUUACUGAGAGCGGCGAGUCGUCGAGCACGCACUCCACUAACACCUCCCAGUUUCCUUUCCCUGUUGCCUCGAGAGAUGAGCUCAUUACAUUGAGGGAGGAGCUGAGCUCCACACAGAGGGAGCUAGAGGUCAGGAGAGCGAGCGAGGAGGCUCAGAGCAAGGCUAUACAGGAGAUGCAAGCCCAGAUCGCCCUCCUCAUGCGAGGAUAUCAUGCACAGUCCCCCUCCGACGCCUCUGAUGGGACCCACCCGGACCUCUGAUUAUAUUAUUUACUAUCGUUUGUUUGAUACUAUAC